AUGGCGGCUCCUGCUUCUUCUGGUCCCGAGAUCUACGUUGACGACUCCUUGAAGGCUGAUUCUCUGACAAACGUAUAUCUAAACUAUGGUUCCAAGACCGUUGAAGGUGCCAUGACUCUCUCCUAUGGUUCUUGCGAAGUUGACUCUGAAGCAACCCACCUCAUCGGUACUACGGAGGUAACCGCCGAUUUCCAACCCACCAAAUUCGCUUGGGCUGUUCCUUCGGAUGCGCAAUCUGGCUGUAUAGUUGCCAAGGAUGCUGCUGGCAAUAUUAUUGCGCGGAGUGAGCCCUACACCGUCUCAACAACGCUCAGUAAGCGUGGCCAUCCCGAGUUUGAAGACAUGUAUUUUGAUGCUGUCAAGUACCACAAGCGCCAAAUGUCCAAGCGCAGCAAGAUUCAUGCCAGUGACAAAUCUGAGAAAAUCGGUAUUAUUGGCGCCGGUAUGUCUGGCUUAUUUAGUGGUCUGCUUUUGGAUCAAGCUGGCUUCCAUAAUUAUGAGAUUUUGGAAGCAAACGAUAGACUUGGAGGUCGUGUUCACACUACCUAUUUCAACAACUCGACCAUUGCUUAUCAGGAAAUGGGACCGAUGCGCUUUCCCGUAUCAAUUGAUUAUGAAGAUGGAAAAUCGCUCCCCGUGACUGAUCACAACAUUGUGUUUCAGAUGGCCGAGGAGCUCAACAAGAUGAACGACGACCAUUACAAAAUAGAGUUUAUCAAAUGGAUUCAAUCCUCUGAUAACAAUCUGUCGUAUCGAAAUGGUGUCCGCUUAUCCGACGGCCGCGUCCCUACCAAGGGCCAAGUUGCUGCCAACUCUUCGCUUACUAUGGUCUCUGGCACCGGUGACCUCAGCUCUGCCGUCAGCGAGGCUACUGAGGAAUUCUACACCGAUGACUGGUAUAAGUUGAUGAGUAAGGACUUGUACAAGGCACAUGCGAAAGCACUUGAUGAAGGGUACGAUGACUGGUCUGAAUGGGCAUGGCUUCAUCAAAAAUCGGGUCUUUCGUUGAACGCCACGGACUAUGCUACUGGCUUAUCAGCAGGGAAUAUCUGGGAAGACCUUUAUGACCGUUUCACAUUCAGUGCAACCAACUGGAAAACUGUCCAAGGUGGACUCAACCGUUUGGCCAAGGCUUACGAGCCUGUGUUGGGUGAUAAGGUUACAUUUGGUCGCAAAGUCAGCAAGCUCGCAGUCGAAGAUAGUAAGGUCUCUGUCCAGUGGAAGGAAGAUCCUUAUGACGAGAAGUACAAGUCCGAAUCUUAUGAUAACGUCAUUGUUGGCGUGCCAUUCACUAUUGUCCGUAAUUGGCAUCUACCUGAGCUUCCUUACACAUUGGAUCGUGCUAUCAAGAAUUUGGGCUACAGUCAAGCCUGCAAGGUUGCUCUCGAAUUCUCCGAGCGUUUUUGGGAGCAAUAUGAGCUUCCUAUCAAGGGUGGCUGUGAUUCGACUGAUUUGGCUUCCGGCUCCAUUUGCUAUCCUUCCAACAACUUUGGCAGCGACGGUCCCGGUGUUAUGCUUGCCAGCUAUGCCAGCGGCGAUGGUGGUCUCCGUUUUGCAUCCAUGACAGAAGAGCAGCAUGUUGCACGCGUUCUUGAGGACAUCUACGAACUUCACGGUGGCAUUGCCAAAGAAAAGUACACCGGCAACUACGAUCGUGUCUGCUGGAUCUUGGACGAAUUCCAGUCUGGCUCUUGGGCCUCUGCUGAGCCUGGUCAGCAUAAGCUGUACAUGCCUUCGUACUUUGAGAUGAGCAACGGCAUCGUCUUUGUAGGAGAGCAUACCGAUAUCAAGCACGCAUGGAUUAGUGCUGCUUUGGAAUCGUCCAUCCGAGGUGUUGUCAUGGUUCUUGUUGAACACGGUCAUGUCAAGGAAGCCAAGCAGCUUGUCAAGAAGUGGAACGCCAGCUGGAUGAAGAUCUGA